UGUAAUCCACGCACUGCAGACAAAUUCAGAGCAACAACCACCACACAAACCAAACACUUUUUUCUGCUCAUGAUCGUGUCUUGGAGUCACGCGAAAACCACAUUAGACAAAGGAAGAAGGGCUGAGACGUUUUCAGUGUUGGGAUUCAUUAACCAUUAAUUAGAAACUUCUACAAUCUUCUACAAACCUGUCUGCAUCAUCACCAGACAGAUAAAGGAUCAAAAGCGGUGGAUAAAACAUGAAAAAGGGAAAGUCUACAGAGUCUGCUAGUUUUAUCAACACUGGCUGUAAGCAUGGAGCUCAACCCAAUUCUCUGAGAUUAUCAAACAUGGAGGCAGUUUUUCGUCUGCAUGCGCUCUUGAACCACAAAAAUGUCAUGUGUCUGUGCAGCUAAAGCAUACAUAAAAGGAAGCAGGUGUGUAGUGACAAUGAACCUCCCACCUAUCAGGAGGCAACAGCAGGCUACGAGGAGAUGGAGGCCCAGUUCGCCUGGGACGACAAGAUCAUCAGGAGGACGUUCAUCAGGAAGGUCUACGCCAUCCUCAUGGUUCAGCUGUUUGUGACCGUGGGGAUCAUCAGCCUCUUCACGUUUUGCGCGCCUGUGAGGUAUUUCAUUCAGACCCAUCCCAGCUUGUACAUGUCAUCCUACAUGAUGUUUUUCGCUACCUACAUUGCACUGUCCUGCUGUGGAGACCUGAGGAGGCAGUUUCCCUGGAAUGUCAUUCUGCUGGUUCUCUUUACUUUGAGCAUGGCCUUCAUGAUGGGCUUCAUGUCAAGCUUUUACAACACCAAGGCUGUGGUGCUGUGUCUGGGAAUUACAGCUCUGGUGUGUCUCUCUGUCACAGUCUUCAGCUUCCAGAGCAAGGUUGAUGUCACUUCCUGUCAGGGCAUCCUGUUUUCCUUGUGCAUGGUCAUGCUCCUCUGUGCCAUCACCAUUUCCAUCGUUGUCCCUUUCGGAUACGUUCCUUGGUUACAUGCCAUCUAUGCUGUUAUAGGAGCCAUACUCUUUACUCUGUUCUUAGCAUUUGACACCCAGCUGCUCUUAGGGAACAAGCGCUACACCAUAAGUCCAGAGGAAUAUAUCUUUGCUACUCUCAGUCUGUACCUGGACAUCAUCUACCUGUUCAGCUUCCUGUUACAGAUCUUCGGAGGAGGCCGCGACUGAAAUCCGUUCUUCACUUUCUCCCAAAAGCAUCUGCUUUUCAACUGCACUUCUAACAACCAAACUGGAUUAGCCUGCAUUCACAUCACGAUAGUAUUGGGCCUGUGCAGUUUUUGAACAGAGUAGCUUUUGUGAACCAGCCUGUUGCUGGUUUUGUCCGUGUGCCCCCCACAUGGUGUAGCCCGUAUGAUACUGUAGUUGUUCACUACACUCUUGCCAUACUUGUCCAGAUGUUCGUGAAUUUUCUGAAUGUCUAAACAGUGUAGUGGGUAAAAGACAAAGUUGAGAUAAGCUUCCUCAGCUCGUUUAUAAAUCCAUCACUGAGCCAGUAAUCCAGUAUUCAGGAAAUCUGCACUUUCAGACUCAGCCGGAAUGAGUUUGUUUUAAAAACCUGUUUCACAAGCAAUAUGUAGAUACACUUUUAUACAUGUUUUUAAUGCAUAAUGUCAUAGACAUCACGCUCAGACUAACAACUCAUAUGAGCCUAAAUGUUUUUGGGAUAAAUGCUGUAUAAAUUAAACUGAUUUAAAGCCAACACGUACGAACCACAAAGGGAACAUAUGUGAAGAAUACUUUAGUCUUUAGAUCUGUUUCAAAUGUGAAUGGAAUGUGGCCUUUCAGGUGUGUUUCAGGUGUGGGAAAUGUUCUAUGGAGGGAAUCAAAGAUGUGCUCAUAUUUCUUUCUGUGUAUACUUCUAUCACACAUGAAAAUUAAAUUAAACUAACUCAUAAACUACUCUGUCUUGCAUGUGAAACGCCACAUCAUUGAUGACUUUCAUGAUUAUGUUAUAGGGUAUUCAAUAAUUUAUUGACAACUACUUGUGUACAGAUAAGAACCCAUAUGGCACCCACAGAUGACUCCAGUGUAAAUGGAUGUGGGCUUUUAUCCACGGGAUGGACUGGUGAUCUGUGCACUAUUAGCCUGUGCAUGUUUACAGAAGGGGAUUAGGGCCACUAUAAAAAAAAGAAACUAACAAAGUAAAAUGUUAUGGUUUUUGACGUCUAUGAUUUAUUUAAAAAAAUAUGAAAACUUUAGAAAACAUUAAAAUUGAAAAAAAAGUCAAUGACAGUUCUGAGAUUUUAGUUUAAAAAAAGUAAUUUUAUUCAGUUUUUUAUUAAUUAAACAUAUUUAUUUUAAAUGGGCUUUCCAAAUAAACUACUGAUUGAAUAAAAUUAAUGAGUGAAAAUCUAAUGUAAAUGGACCUCCAGCCACAUGUUGAUGAAAAUGGUUUAGGGACAAAUAAUAUGAAAAAAAAAAUUGCACUUAUGAGUUUUUUUUUUAAGAAUUUGGAGUUCAAAAACAUUAAAAAUAGUACCUUUUAACAGUCAAAGGUCUGAGAAAAAUGUCAUAACUUUCAGGUUAUGAAAGUUAAAUUUCUAAAAAAGGCCUUGACCUUCCAAACUUUCUCCAAAAUUCCUCGUCCGUAUAUUUUUUUCUACAGAUUAGCGGUCGUGGCUUUCUAAAUUAAAAUUCUGAAAAAAGUCAGAAACCUGAAAUUUACAUCAUUGAUCCUAAUCCCUUUACAAUUUUUAUAGAUUAAACAUAUUUAAGCUUUCCAAAAGUGUAGUCUAAUGGAACAAUAACAAUUAUUAGUCAGAAUUUAGAGGGAAAAGUCAGAAUUCUGUUAUUAUUAUUGUUAUUAUGUACCUGACAGAAUAUAAAAUGUGAUGAAAUUAUUUACAUACGGUGACUUGUGUUUUGGUCAAAAGAACAUUUUUGCAGUAUUUUGUUACAGUGAUUUAUUACAGUGAUUGAGGGAGUAGAGUCAUCCUCCAUGUGUGUGAAAAUAAACCUUAAUGAUUUGAUCACUUCUCACAUAUUUUCUUUCUUCCUUAAUAUCUGUAUUCAUCUUCUACUUGUUGUCUUCUUAGCCUUGUGCAAAAGGUUUGGACAUGGCUAACCACCUGCUGUUAAACCAUUGUCAGUAGAUAAUGUGUUUUAUUGAUAUGAUGGUGGGAUAAUGUGUUUCAUAAGAUGUUGUCCAGCUGUAAUAGACUCUUCUUUCUAAUCACCUGGAGCAGGGAGCAGUUGUUGUGCUGAAUGAUCUCUUAUUGUGUUUUAUAGUGUCUCAGUUAAUAAAUGCCAAAGCUUUUCCAUAGAA